GAGAGAGGCCCUAGGGCGCAGCGGGCUUUCGGGGUCCUCAGUUCCCCCGCGACGCGAGCCAACGGGAGGCGUCAAAAGACCCGGGCCUUCUGUGGCAGGUUCGCCUGGCGCUGGCUGGCGUGGCCCUUGGCCGUCGUCACCUGUGGAGAGCGCGUCUUCCCCGCCGCGCCCUCUGCGCGAGGAGGAGACUCGACAGCAUGUCACCCGCGCUUCAAGACCUGUCGCAACCCGCAGGUCUGAAGAAAACCCCGCGGGAUGAGAUCGAUGCCAUUCUGCGGAAGAGGAUUAUGGUGCUGGAUGGAGGGAUGGGAACCAUGAUCCAGCGGCAGAAGCUAAACGAAGAACACUUCCGAGGUCAGGAAUUUAAAGAUCAUGCCAGGCCGCUGAAAGGCAACAAUGACAUUUUAAGUAUAACUCAGCCCGAUGUCAUUUACCAAAUCCAUAAGGAAUACUUGCUGGCUGGGGCAGAUAUCAUUGAAACAAAUACUUUCAGCAGCACUAGCAUUGCCCAAGCUGACUAUGGCCUUGAACACUUGGCCUACCGGAUGAACAAGUGCUCUGCAGGAGUGGCCAGAAAAGCUGCCGAGGAGAUAACUCUCCAGACAGGAAUUAAGAGGUUUGUGGCAGGGGCUCUGGGUCCGACUAAUAAGACACUCUCUGUGUCCCCGUCUGUGGAAAGACCAGAUUAUAGGAACAUCACAUUUGAUGAGCUUGUUGAAGCAUACCAAGAGCAGGCCAAAGGACUUCUGGAUGGCGGAGUUGAUAUCUUACUCAUUGAAACUAUUUUUGAUACUGCCAAUGCCAAGGCAGCUGUGUUUGCACUCCAAAACCUUUUUGAGGAGAAAUAUGCUCCCCGGCCUAUCUUUAUUUCAGGGACGAUUGUUGAUAAAAGUGGACGGACUCUUUCUGGACAGACAGGAGAGGCAUUUAUCAUCAGCUUGUCUCAUGCAGAACCACUCUGCAUUGGAUUAAAUUGUGCUUUGGGUGCAGCUGAAAUGAGACCUUUUAUUGAAAUGAUUGGAAAAUGUACAACAGCCUAUGUCCUCUGUUAUCCCAAUGCAGGUCUUCCCAACACCUUUGGUGACUAUGAUGAAACGCCUUCUACGAUGGCCAAGCACCUAAAGGAUUUUGCUAUGGAUGGCUUGGUCAAUAUAGUUGGAGGAUGCUGUGGUUCAACACCAGAUCAUAUCAGGGAAAUUGCUGAAGCUGUGAAAAAUUGUAAGCCUAGAGUUCCACCUGCCACUGUUUUUGAAGGACAUAUGUUACUGUCUGGUCUGGAGCCCUUCAGGAUUGGACAGUACACCAACUUUGUUAACAUUGGAGAGCGCUGUAAUGUUGCAGGAUCAAGGAAGUUUGCUAAACUCAUCAUGGCAGGAAACUAUGAAGAAGCCUUGGGUGUUGCCAGAGUGCAGGUGGAAAUGGGAGCCCAGGUGCUGGAUAUCAACAUGGAUGAUGGCAUGCUAGAUGGUCCGAGUGCAAUGACCAGAUUUUGCAACUUAAUUGCUUCCGAGCCAGACAUCGCAAAGGUACCUUUGUGCAUCGACUCCUCCAAUUUUGCUGUGAUUGAAGCUGGGUUAAAGUGCUGCCAAGGGAAGUGCAUUGUCAAUAGCAUUAGUCUGAAGGAAGGAGAGGAUGACUUCUUGGAGAAGGCCAGGAAGAUUAAAAAGUUUGGAGCUGCUAUGGUGGUCAUGGCUUUUGAUGAAGAAGGACAGGCAACGGAAACAGACACAAAAAUCAGAGUGUGCACCCGGGCCUACCAUCUUCUUGUGAAAAAACUGGGCUUUAAUCCAAAUGACAUCAUUUUUGACCCUAAUAUCCUAACCAUUGGGACUGGAAUGGAAGAACACAACUUGUAUGCCAUUAAUUUUAUCCAUGCAACAAAAGUCAUUAAAGAAACAUUACCUGGAGCCAGAAUAAGUGGAGGUCUUUCCAACUUGUCCUUCUCCUUCCGAGGAAUGGAAGCCAUUCGAGAAGCAAUGCAUGGGGUUUUCCUUUACCAUGCAAUCAAGUCUGGCAUGGACAUGGGGAUAGUGAAUGCUGGAAACCUCCCUGUGUAUGAUGAUAUCCAUAAGGAACUUCUGCAGCUCUGUGAAGAUCUCAUCUGGAAUAAAGACCCUGAGGCCACGGAGAAGCUCUUACGUUAUGCCCAGACUCAAGGCACAGGAGGGAAGAAAGUCAUUCAGACUGAUGAGUGGAGAAAUGGCCCUGUCGAAGAACGCCUUGAGUAUGCGCUUGUGAAGGGCAUUGAAAAACAUAUUAUUGAGGAUACUGAGGAAGCCAGGUUAAACCAAGAAAGAUAUCCCCGACCUCUCAAUAUAAUUGAAGGACCCCUGAUGAAUGGAAUGAAAAUUGUUGGUGAUCUUUUUGGAGCUGGAAAAAUGUUUCUACCUCAGGUUAUAAAGUCAGCCCGGGUUAUGAAGAAGGCUGUUGGCCACCUUAUCCCUUUCAUGGAAAAAGAAAGAGAAGAAACCAGAGUGCUUAACGGCACAAUAGAAGAAGAGGACCCUUACCAGGGCACCAUCGUGCUGGCCACUGUUAAAGGCGACGUGCACGACAUAGGCAAGAACAUAGUCGGAGUAGUCCUUGGCUGCAAUAAUUUCCGAGUUAUUGAUUUAGGAGUCAUGACUCCAUGUGAUAAGAUACUGAAAGCUGCUCUUGACCACAAAGCAGAUAUAAUUGGCCUGUCAGGACUCAUCACUCCUUCCCUGGAUGAAAUGAUUUUUGUUGCCAAGGAAAUGGAGAGAUUAGCUAUAAAGAUUCCAUUGUUGAUUGGAGGAGCAACCACUUCACGAACCCACACAGCGGUUAAAAUAGCUCCAAGAUACAGUGCACCUGUAAUCCACGUCCUGGAUGCGUCCAAGAGUGUCGUGGUGUGUUCUCAGCUGUUAGAUGAAAAUCUAAAGGAUGAAUACUUUGAGGAAAUCAUGGAAGAAUAUGAAGAUAUUAGACAGGACCAUUAUGAGUCUCUCAAGGAGAGGAGAUACUUACCCUUAAGUCAAGCCAGAAAAAGUGGUUUCCAAAUGGAUUGGCUGUCUGAACCUCACCCAGUGAAGCCCACAUUUAUUGGGACCCGGGUCUUUGAAGACUAUGACCUGCAGAAGCUGGUGUACUACAUUGACUGGAAGCCUUUCUUUGAUGUCUGGCAGCUCCGGGGCAAGUACCCGAAUCGAGGCUUCCCCAAGAUAUUUAACGACAAAACAGUAGGUGAAGAGGCCAAAAAAGUCUAUGAUGAUGCCCAAAAUAUGCUGAACACACUGAUUAAUCAAAAGAAACUCCAAGCCCGGGGUGUGGUUGGGUUCUGGCCAGCACAGAGUAUCCAAGACGACAUUCACCUGUACACAGAGAGUGCCGUGCCCCAGGCUGCAGAGCCCAUAGCCACCUUCUAUGGGUUAAGGCAACAGGCCGAGAAGGACUCUGCCAGCACGGAGCCAUACUACUGCCUUUCAGACUUCGUUGCUCCUCUGCAUUCUGGCAUCCGUGACUACCUGGGCCUGUUUGCCGUUGCCUGCUUUGGGGUGGAAGAGCUGAGCAAGGCCUAUGAGGAUGACGGUGACGACUACAGCAGCAUCAUGGUCAAGGCGCUGGGGGACCGGCUGGCAGAGGCCUUUGCAGAAGAGCUCCAUGAAAGGGUUCGCCGAGAACUGUGGGCCUACUGUGGCAGUGAGCAGCUGGACGUCGCAGACCUGCGCAGGCUGCGGUACGAGGGCAUCCGCCCGGCUCCUGGCUACCCCAGCCAGCCCGACCACACCGAGAAGCUCACCAUGUGGAGACUCGCGGACAUCGAGCAGUCUACGGGCAUUAGGUUAACAGAAUCAUUAGCAAUGGCACCUGCUUCAGCAGUCUCAGGCCUCUACUUCUCCAAUUUGAAGUCCAAAUAUUUUGCUGUGGGGAAGAUUUCCAGGGAUCAGGUUGAGGAUUAUGCAUUGAGGAAGAACAUGUCUGUGGCUGAGGUUGAGAAAUGGCUUGGACCCAUUUUGGGAUACGAUACAGACUAACUUUUUUUUUUUUUUUUUUUUUUUUUUUUUUUUUUUAGACAUAGUUUUGUUCUCGUUGCCCAGGCUGGAGUGCAAUGGCAUAAUCUUGAACAAAAAUCCUGUGUGCAUCUGGCUGACACUUCCCUGCUUCUGGUUUUCAAAGACUAUUUAGUGGAA